ACCGAUUUUAUUUGUGGAACUCAAUUAAAAUGAUUGUAUGUGAUACAACAAAUGUGAAUACCGGGAAAAAAAAUGGAAUUGUUCAUUAUCUACAAUCAUGCUUUGAAGAAAAAUGUUUGACACCGCCACAAUAUGUUGGUUGCCAACACCAUGUUUUGGAUUUAAUUCUGAAGCAUGUAAUGAAUGAAUUACUUGUCGCAAAAGCAAUAUCACCACAUAUUCCCUACGAAAUAUUUUCAGAUUUAAUAACUGAUUUUCAAAAUCUGAAACAAAACUUCAAACAAAGCGGCGAAAAAAUGAAAAUUCCUAAUAUCAAAUGGCGCGAUGACAUGCAGUAUUUUUUUACCAUCGCUCAGUAACGCCCGUUGGAACUCCAGAGCUAUUCUUGCAUUGCUCACAUUUAUACUCCUUCCCAAUCACAGAGCAAAACUUUUACAAGUUUGUCAAUUUAUAUGCAGUGCUUGGUACGAAGUAUGGUUUUCCGAUCAACGUUUUCGCAACAAUAAUUUUGAAUGCUUG